UCAUGUCCCUCACUUAAAAACAGGAGAAAGAAAAAACUCUCUCUUUUCUCCUUUCUUUAAGCAGAUGCCGGCAGUGGCCCGCACGAGGCUGGAGGUAGUCACUCGAAUAUUCAUAGGAGGUCAAAUUGGGCAUUUCAAGAUCCCGCUUACUACCGUUUACUGCGAAAGAAAAGAAAAAUACGCACCACCAUAAAUGAAAAAUAAUGACAGUGUACUAGUGUUGAUUAAUUAAUGGAGUAGCAAAUGUAAGGUCCACUUAGUGAGGAGGAGGAGGAGAAGAUAAGCUGGACUCAAGAUUUCAACUUUUUAUUUUUCUUGGGAUAUAUGAAGGACUUCAACUUUGGCUUUGAAUUUUCAUUUAUGCCUUGUUUCACACUCUACUGCUACGUAAUUGGUAAAGUUGCUUAAUUUUUGGACGUGGUUGUUUGUCAUGGCUAUGCUUUCCAAAGUUCAUAGCAAAAUGAAGGCUACAGAAAACCCUUUUAGGAAUCUACAAAUUCUGAGAGUUUACCUGCUGUACAAGUGCUGCUCUUUAUGACGUUAGAGGCUUUAGAAAGAUUGGUUUUUCUCGGGAGAUUUAAUGGAUUUAGAAUUUGUAGUGUUAGUACAUUAGGGAAUCUAGGUGGCUCCAUAUCUGUGUGAGUGCCUCUGGUUUUGCACAUGGAAAGUACAUGAAUUGCCAUUACAGUUUACAUCUAAGGUUCAGAUGUUGAGUUUUGAGAACCAAGAGGAUCCACUACAGGGAGUUUGUGUUACUUUCCAAAACCAUGAAGAAACUUUGUGUGUGGAUUUAAUGGUAGACAAUUCUACAUUGCAGUUCCAGAUGCUUAAAGUGAUUGAACUUGGUCUUGUGCGGAUCAUUUCCUUUUUUGCAUCUAUGCAAAAUGUAUCUUCUGCCUAGAUUUCUUUGCGGGUUUGAUUUAGGGGCAUCAUAUUGUCUGGCUUAGUAUGACGAUUGAUGUAUAUGUCCUCACUGCUUUCUGUUAAAGGGCAAUCACCUAUUGAAGGGUCCUAUGUCAUUGUUAUUGUUACUUCUCUAGUUUCUUAUCUUCCGGAUGCUCUGAUAUCACAUACUUGGCUCUUGGACAUAUUGCCUAUGCCGUGCUAUCAAACAUGUUUACACUGGUGAACUGUGCAGUUGAUGGCAAGGUUCAUUCGACUGUCCAUUGAAACACUCGACUGAACUGAGUUGUGUUUAAUUCUUAUCUGGAAGCGAUCUGUCAUCAUGUAAUUUGCAGGUCAUUAUCUAUCUUGGUCACUUACUUUACUGUUAUGCAGCAAGUUUGAGGGAGAUUUAUGCACAUAAUUUGCUGAAAUUCUGGUUCUUUUCAGCAAAUAUCAGUUCUUACAAAGGUCCUGUUCUACACUUUACACAUGGCAGCAUAUGAAGAUCUGCCACUCAGCAUGAUCAAGAAACUAGCAAAGGAAUUGAAGAAUCUUGAAUCCCCGCCUGAGGGCAUUUUAGGGGUAAAUGAUUAUGAUUUUUCAGUCUCAGAAGCUGGUAUUGAAGUCCCAGCUGUAACUGCAUAUAAAAAUAAUGUUUCUCGCAUGAAGCAGCUAUUGUCUCAUGACAUUAGACACCCUCCUCCAAAAGGAGGAUCAUCAGACCAAGAAUCGAUUGGGUCUGAGACAAAAAGAUCUAGUGUAUCAUCUGGCAGUAGGUCUCGUAUCCACAAAGAGUUUCUUUCAAGGUUUGUGGACAGUCAAACUCUGACAGCCAGACUUGAAGACUGGUUUGAAUUGAUAUCAGAACAGUCUGGAAAAAAAAAGUCUGCAUUUGAUGUUCCAUUUGAGUUGAGAGAACUUCAAAAGUUUGAUUAUGCAUUGGAAGGGGUGUCAUUUCAGCAGCUGGUUCGAAUGCCCAAUGCUGUCUAUGCUUCAACGUCUGAUGCUGCGGAAGCAACUGCUUAUCUUGCCAUUGAAGACUUUCUACAUGCAAGUGUGAAGGGCUUGUGGGAGGCCUUUUGGAGUCAGGAUGAUCCCAUUCCUUUCUCAGUUGCUUGUCUAUACAAGGAAAACUUGAAAUUCUACCAGGCUGAGAAAGCAAUAGGUAGUGGAAAGCUCAGUGGUCUUUGUGCCUCUGGUGUAUUACUUAACAACCCUAGACAUCCUUAUGGAAAGUGGGACCAUAUUCUUGAACUGGCCCUUCUAAGGCCUCAUAUCAGAAGUGUUGCUGCAGGAAGUGACCGGAAACUCUCUUUAUCUGUUAUGGGUGAGGCUCUCUUCUAUGCUUUACGCAUGCUGCUAUCAAGAAGCUUGAGCAAAUUGAAUUCUUGUCAGAGUCCUAAUUGUGCCUAUGUUCUUCUUGUUGAUUCUCAAUAUGGAGGGGUUGUAAAAGUUGAAGGAGAUGUAGAAAAAUUGGAGUUUGAUGUGUAUAAUGUUUAUGACUGUUCUGUGGAUUGGAUAAAAAAACAUUGUAAAGUCUCAGUCUCUCCUAUUGAUAGGAUCUGGAACAAACUUGGAAAUGCCAACUGGGGAGACAUUGGUGCUCUACAGGUACUUUUUGCUACUUUCCAUUGUAUCGUGCAGUAUUCAGGGAUGCCUAAGCACUCGAUUGAAGAUUUAGCAGCUGAUCAUGGUCCUCGCCUCCUAACAAGAAGAGUGGCAAGGCAGUUAGGGGAUUCCAGAGUUAAUGGCCAUGGACUAUUCCGGUUUCAGCAACAGAGUGUUUCUCCUGAAAUCAUUGAAGUUCCAGAUGAAUCCAUAAAAAUAAAGUCUGAAGAGUUUAUAAUGAAGCUGGAUGUAGGAUCUGUACUGUGGUUGGAGGACUCAGACCAGCAAAAAGGUUAUCAGAUCAAUGAUGUUGUGCACAAUAAUGAACUAUGGUAUUACAUUGCAUCGCCUGUUAAAGAUCCUGGUAAAUCUUUGUUUCUUUAUGUUGGUUCUCAUCCUUCUCAACUGGAACCGGCAUGGGAAGAUAUGAAUUUGUGGUUCCAAGUCCAAAGGCAAACUAAAAUAUUGACAGUUAUGAGACAGAAAGGUUUAUCUAGUAAAUAUCUACCACAGUUGAGUUCUUCUGGCAGGAUUGUUCACCCUGGACGGUGUCAAAAACCCAGCUCAGGUGGGAAUUGUGAUCACCCAUGGUGUGGUACCCCUAUUCUUGUUACCAGUCCUGUUGGUGAGACAGUUGCUGAUAUGGUAAAUGCUGGCAGAUUUGCUUUGGAUGAGGCUAUCAGGUGUUGUCAUGAUUGUUUAUCUGCACUUUCUACUACUUCUUCUGCCGACAUUCGGCAUGGAGACAUUCGGCCAGAGAACAUAAUUUGUGUGAGGUCUGGUGUGAGGCAUCCUUAUUUUGUUCUUGUUGGUUGGGGUCAUGCAAUUCUUGAAGACAGGGAUCGUCCUGCGAUGAAUCUCCAUUUUUCAUCUACCUUUGCGCUUCAGGAGAGAAAAUUGUGCUCAGCUUCAGAUGCAGAGAGCCUGGUAUAUGUGCUCUACUUUGCCUGUGGUGGUGCUUUGCCUGAUUUAGAUUCGGUUGAGGGGGCAUUGCAAUGGAGAGAGACCUCAUGGUCAAGAAGAUUGAUUCAGCUGAAGCUUGGUGAGGUAUCAACUGUGUUAAAAGCAUUUGCUGAUUACGUAGACAGUCUUUGUGGGACACCAUAUCCUAUAGAUUAUGAUAUAUGGCUAAGAAGGUUAAGGAGAAAUAUUCAUGAUGAUGACCAUGGAAAGCAAGUUGACACAUCUGGUUAGGAAUUUUCCACUACCUCAACUGGCAGAAAUGAAUCCAGAAAUCAUCCGGAUCAUUCACUGCCCGGGAGCAGAUGAUACAAUAUGAAGUUUUAAGCAUCUGGGGUCGACUGUUAAACUUGGAUGAUCUGAAGCUUUAUAAAGGAAGAAAAAGAUGGUUCAAAAUUCCGAGAUUGGUUUAAAUGUGCUCCCACAUAGCCUCUCGAUUUUGAUAAUUCUCUUGGCUGUUCCGUCUGUUCUGGAAAUCAUCGGGACAGGUUUGGUCUCUGCACAGACCAAGCCACAUAAUAUAACAUCACCUUUUAUUUUGUUGGCGUGUAGUCCCCUUAUACUACAGAGGUUUAAAACACGGUUGCCUUUUGCUUUGGUGAUGCGUUUCUUAUUAAUACGUGUAGCACUUGUUGAUGGCAUUCCUUUGUAAAGAUACGAUUACCAUGAAAGUUCUGUAAUUGUUUGAAUAUGACAUUCGUACAGGG